GCCUCAAGCCGGGCUUCCCGUACGCCGGCCCGCACAAGAAGAGCGAGACGGUCGGCGCCAAGCAGUUCCUCAAGAUUGCCGAGCGCCUCGGCGUCAAGUUCAUGGUCUUCCUCGGCGACUUUAUCUACGCCGACGUGCCCUACUUUGCCGGGAACGGCGUCGACCAGUUCCAGAAGCGGUACCGGCAGACGUUCGCGAGCCCCGAGGUCAAGGCGCUCGUCGAGAAGGUGCCCAUGGUCGGCAUCUUUGACGACCACGAGAUCUACAACGACUACUCGGCCAACGCGUCGUCGCCGUCGUACGCGCCCGCCAUGCAGGCCUACCAGGAGUACGUCGGCGCCGCCAACUACGACCCGGUCGAGCCCGGCGUCCACUACUACGACUUCCGUGUCGGCGACUCGGCCUUCUUCGUGUGGGACACGCGCAGCUACCGCUCGGACAACGCCAACGACGACGACGACGUCAAGACGAUGCUCGGCGACCGUCAACGCGAGGCGUUCUUCGACUGGGCCGCAAAGGUCAACCAGACGGUCACGUGGAAGUUUGUCGUCUCGAGCGUGCCCGUCAUGUCGCUCUGGUCGCACGGCGAGGACACGUGGGCCUCGUUCCUUACCGAGCGCGACGCUAUCCUCGACCUCCUCGAGCACGUGCCCAACGUCAUCGUCCUGUCGGGCGACCGCCACGAGUUUGCGGCCGCGAGCCUCAGGACGACCGUGACCGAGUUCUCAACGAGCCCGUUCAACAUGUUCUACCUGCCCGUGCGCACCCUCAGCCAGAAGCACUCGCGAGGUGCGACGGGCGAGGACACGCUCCUGCAGUACCUUCCCGACGGCAACACCAAGGUGACGACGUUCGAGGUCGACACGCGCGUGCUCAACAAGCCCGUCGUGCGCGUCCGCGUGUGGAUCGACGGCGCCGAGGCGUGGCACGUCGACGUCCUCGGGCAGCCCAUCCUGCGGCCCGGCCCGCUCUCGGUCGUCGACGGCGCCGUCGGCAGCGUCGGCAAGGGCCUGCGCGAGCUCCUCACGUUCCUCAGGAGGUCGUGGUGGAACUGAGGUGGGAGAGAGGGAGGAGGAACUCGAGCGAGGCGGAGCUGGAGGAGCGAGUCGAGGUGGGUCGAGUCGAGUCGGAGGAUUGCGUUUUCCCUUGUCCAUACUGGAGCGUCCCCUCUCUCACGUCCGGCUAAUCGAUACCCCCUGCGUUGCCGUUACCUGCAAUCGUACCUAAAGCCGCUUGUAGCACCC